AUGCCUAUCCCGACCGCCGAUUUUCAGGACAAGGAAUCCCAGUCCACCAACGCUGUCACCACAGGCUCUGCCGGCACAACCUCUCUCGAUUCCUUCGCUGCCUUGGACGGCCGUGCCCCUCACCGUGAAGCCAGCUCCGGCGGCGCCUCGGCUUCACAAAAUGCCGGGAGCGAUCGGCAGCUGAGCAAAGAGGAGGCGGAUCGUCUAUAUGAGGAGCGCAUGGAGGAGGAGUAUGCGAAGAGGGAAGGCGGCGCGUAA